AUGGGCGGCUCCCUCGCCGGUGCGCCAAAGUCUGUAAGCUGGGGUAAAGGCCACACGGGAGUGGUGGUGAGAGGGACAGAUGGACAGGCAUGGGCGACACAAAUGAUGAAUGGAAAUACUUGGGGAAGCUGGACAAACCUCGGGGGCUCGUUGGAUAGUGAACCCAGCGCCGUUGCUUGGAGCGGCAAUAUGACUGUGGCCGUUGGGGGAACCGACGGGGCGGUGUGGAUGAGAACUUACACCAACAGCACCGGGAAUUGGGGUAACUGGAUGAACAUGGGUGGAGAUGUGCGACCAGGCAUGGCUCCAGAUGUUGUUGCUUGGGGCAAUCAGAUGGAAGUGUACUACACUGGCCGGGACGAUACCAUGUACCGCAAAAAGGCCACCAAUGGCCAGUGGACAGCUUCGUGGGAGAAUAUGGGCGGCAAUGCUACUACGAAGCCUAGCGGCUUAGCAUGGGAUAACGGAAAGGUGGAUGUAUACGGCAUGGCGUCGGAUGGUAGCACCCGUCGAUGCUAUUGA